CAUUUUGAUGUUAAAAAUACUAAAAUCAGUAAAUAGGCUAUUCGAUUGAAUUGUUUUCAAUUCUAUUUUCAAAGCCAUAGAUUUUUUUCGAUAAGGAAUAUAUAUUUUCGCACGUGUAUAUUUAAAUAUUUAAAUAAAUGUAUAACACACACCUGUGUUUCAAAUGCUUGUUGUAUUUAAAAAUGGUAAGUAAUUAUUGCUAUUACAGCUUUGGUCCGCGGCUUCGUUCGCGUAAUUACACGUCAUGUCCUUUAUCAUUAUAGUCAUAGGCACCUACGCGUUCCACAUCGUUACCCAUGUAGAUGAGCUGACGAAGUUCACGAAAAUUAUCUCCAUCAACGAUAUAACUGGAGAUUUGAUAAAUGAAGACUUUUUGAGGUACAUAUGUUUGGGUGUCAUCGGGUUUGGUUUUGUGAUAUUUACGAUAUACAUGUGUGGUUGUUUUGGAUCUGUUUUGGAAAAGAAACGACUGCUUGUAACGUAUGCAACAGUGAUGUUCAUACUGGCCGGGGCGAGUAUAUUCGUCCUUUUCUCAAGAACUAGAUAUUUUGAACGCGCUGAACGGUCUAUAAACCUAUAUAUCAAUGGCACGUUUAACUCGCCCGACAAUCCUAUCAUUAAUAAGAAAAUCAACGCGAUGCAGUACAUUGCGACCUGCUGCGGCACGCACGGCCCAGAAUUCUACAACGAAAGGAGAAUAGAAGGAAUUGAAAAAUUUAUUCUGGAAUUUUUGGACGACAAAGUGAACAUCUCUGGUGUAGGCCUAGUUCCCCCCAGCUGCUGCUCCACGUUCGACCUUCAUUCGUUUCUGGAGAACCAACCGAAGUAUUUCUUUAUGGUGUACAAUUGCACUAAGAGGGAUGUUUAUACAGAAGGCUGUGUGGAUAAAAUCGGAGUUUAUUUGAAAGUUUUGCAGCAAUAUUUGACAGUUUUCAUAUCGGUUAUUACUGGGUUUGAGGUGGUAUCAUUUCUAUUCGGCGUGUACAUGUGUUAUGUUAUUAAAUAAACAAGUUUUUUCACAAGA